AUGUGGUUUAAUUUGCUGCUGCCGGUCGGGUUGCUGUGGGUGGCUGGCGGUUCCGUGCGCCAAGUGCAAGGCCAGUGCUCGUUCACGCUCAACAUGAAGUUCGGCUCGGUGUACCAGCUUAUCUCGCCCCGCUAUCCGAGCAACUAUCCGCCCAACGUGCAGUGCACGUACGUCAUUCGGGCACCGUACGGAUAUCGGGUCGCGCUCGAUUGUCCCACGUUUCAAAUUCCAAGCAGCACCAACUGCCGGUUGGACUCGUUCAAAGUGUCCCGCACCGGCCGGAUGGACGUCUCCGAUGGGUACACCUACUGCGGGGCCGGCCAGCUGCAGGAGAAAUCGGACGCCAAUCAGAUGACGAUCCAGCUGACGUCGGUCGCGACCAGCACGGGCGGCAAGUUCCUGUGCAACCUAAGCAUCCCGGCGCAAAGCUGCGAGUGUGGACGCAAGAAGACGCAACGGAUCGUGAACGGAGUCGAGACGGCCGUCAACGAGUUCCCCAUGAUGGCUGCGCUGACUGAUAUCGCGUCGAAAUCGGUCUUCUGUGGCGCCACCAUCGUGACGAAUAAUUACGCCCUCACGGCGGCCCACUGUUUGCUGCUGCGUUCCAUCAACGACACGGCGCUGAAGGUCGGCGAUCACAACAUCCAGUCGGAGACGGAAACCGCCUACGCCCGGGCCUACGUCUUGGCGCAGUUCCUCAGCCACACGGGGUUCACGACCAAACCGGUGGCGAACGAUAUCGCGCUCGUUCGAACCCAGCAGUCGAUCCAGUACAACCCGGGAGUCGGUCCGGUCUGCCUCCCAUGGCGCUACACGACCGAGACCUUCGCUGGGGCCACGGUCGAGGCGACCGGCUGGGGUGACCUGGACUACGGCGGGCCUCGGGCUUCCGCGCUCAACAAGGUGCAACUUAACGUUAUCGCGAACUCCGAUUGCUCCCGGCGACUGCCGACAACGGUCCCAUAUCAGCAGCUUUGCACCUUUACACCGACGCGGGACACUUGUCAGGCCGAUUCGGGCGGUCCACUGUUCUACACCAAUCCCUCCACCGGCCUGCUGUACAACGUGGGCAUCGUGAGCUUCGGAUUCGCCUGCGCCACCGAGCGGCCGAGCGUCAAUACGCGGGUCACCGAGUACCUCGACUGGAUUACGACCAACAGCCCCACGUCGUUCUACUGCUACCAGUAA